UGCUCGUUUCAGCUUCAUUACUGAGUUCAUUAAAUUUCAGUCUCCACACUUCCUUUCUGCAGAAAAAAAAAAAAAAACGCCAUUUCUCCACUGGUCUCUCUGUCUUCGCAUCUCUCGCGUGCAGCCACACUGGGCGCAUGUGAAGAGAUUCCGCAUUACGUCAUCGCGAGGCCACAUACUGGAAGCAGCCGCUGCCUUGUUCUCUGCUCGGUCAGAGAGAGAGGAAGAAAAAAAAAACGUUUCCACAACACACAAGCUGCACCGGAGGAAACAGCCGCUUAGCUCGUGCAGGAAUGCGGCGCUUCACACCAAAGACACCGUGAUCGGACUCACUGCUGCCGGACGACACGGAUUCCUCGACUGGGGAGGAAAAAAAAAAACCGAACAAAAACUGUCAUGUUGCAUGGACAUGGCUCGGAACAAAUUGUGAAUGAUUGAAGACUGCCGGCGGAGGGCUGACAACAUGGCAGACAGAAGGCAACUGUAUGUGGAGAUGAGGGCCCAGGAUUUGGAUUCCAUACGGUUGUCAACAUACAGAACAGCCUGUAAACUCAGAUUUGUGCAGAAGAAAUGCAACUUGCACUUGGUCGAUAUUUGGAACGUCAUUGAAGCUUUCCGUGAGAACGGCCUGAACAACAUGGAGCCCAGCGCUGAGCUCGCUGUGGCCCGUCUAGAAGUGGUGCUGUCCACUAUCUUCUACCAGCUGAGCAAACGCAUGCCCACCACUCACCAGAUCAACGUGGAGCAGUCCAUCAGCCUGCUGCUCAACUUCCUGCUGGCGGCCUACGACCCGGAAGCUCAUGGCAAGAUGUGUGUUUUCGUUGUGAAGAUUGUCCUUGCAACCAUCUGCGGAGGGAAAAUAAUGGAUAAGCUGAGAUAUAUCUUUUCCCAGAUAUCAGAUUCUGCUGGAAUAUUGGUGCAUUCGCAGUUUGACCAGUUUCUGCGGGAAGUUCUGAAAUUGCCCAUGGCGGUGUUUGAGGGGCCUUCUUUUGGCUACACCGAACAAGCUGCUCGGGCGUGUUUCGCGCAGCAGAAAAAGGUCUCCCUCAACAUGUUCCUCGACACGCUGAUGUCAGACCCGCCUCCUCAGUGCUUGGUGUGGUUGCCGCUCAUGCAUCGGCUCGCCAACGUGGAGAACGUCUUUCACCCGGUCGAGUGCUCCUACUGCCACACUGAGAGUAUGAUGGGCUUCCGCUAUCGCUGCCAGCAAUGUCAUAAUUACCAGCUCUGUCAGGACUGCUUCUGGAGGGGGCAUGCCAGUGGUUCCCAUAGCAACCAGCACCAAAUGAAGGAGUAUACGUCAUGGAAAUCCCCGGCUAAGAAGUUAUCCCAUGUCCUCAGUAAGUCACUGAGCUGUGCAUCCAGCAGAGAGCCCCUCCACCCCAUGUUUCCUGAAAUGCCAGACAAACCUCUCAAUCUAGCUCAUAUUGUAGACACGUGGCCACCGAGACCAGCGAACAUCACCAAUGACUACUCCUUCUCUCACUCCAUGCCUACAUCAGGGAACCCUUACUCCACCAAAAAGUUGAAGUACAACCUCGAUGUUGCCGAUAGACUCGCUGACGAACACGUUCUCAUUGGCGUCUAUGUGAAUCUGCUCCAAAACAACCCCCACACAUGUUUGCUGGAAAGCAGUAACCAUCAGGAUGAGGAGCACAGUCUCAUUGCCCGCUAUGCUGCUCGACUGGCUGCUGAUGCUGCGGCUCAACAGCAGAGGGUCCCCACAGACCUCCCCUACUCUCUGGAUGCCAACAAACAGCAGAGGCAGCUCAUCGCAGAGCUGGAAAGCAAGAACAGAGAGAUCCUGCAGGAGAUCCAGCGGCUGCGCCUCCAGCAUGAGGAGGCUUCGCAGACUCCACCCGAUAAGGGCCAGCAGAACCCCACCCUGCUCGCUGAGCUAAGGCAUCUCAGGCAUCGCAAAGAUGAGCUUGAACAAAGAAUGUCUACUCUGCAGGAGAGUCGCAGGGAGCUCAUGGUGCAGCUGGAGCAGCUAAUGAUGCUUCUCAAGACUCAGGGUCCCGGCUCUCUGCGCUCCUCCCCCAGUCACACCAUCAACCGGCCGAUCCCCACUCCGAUCCAUUCGGACUCUGCCGGCACCACUCCCACUCACACGCCUCAGGACUCACUGAUGGGCGUGGGAGGAGACGUUCAGGAGGCCUUCGCUCAGGGUCCAAGGAGAAAUUUAAGAAAUGAUCUUCUCAUUGCUGCUGACUCCAUCACCAACACAAUGUCUUCGCUAGUUAAAGAGCUCAAUUCAGAGGGCGGCAGCGAGACCGAUAGCCUCUUGGAUUCAGACUUUGGACGUUGUGACACGACGGCUCCAACUUCUUCAGAUCUUUUCUUCUCAUAUAAGCCCAGGCCUGUCAGCGCUGCGGAGGCAGAAGGUUUCGAGAACAGUCUGGAGCAGCAACUCGAGGAUGAGCUCAAGCUGGAAGAGCUGGUGCAGCGCAGACAAGAAGCUGACAAAACGUGCAUGGUGACUCUGCAGCAGUGACUGUCCACGUUACUGGUGAUCAAUACAGAAGCAACAAACGUUGGAGACACUGGAGAAAAAAAAAAGCAGCACUGGGUGACAAAGAACAGCC